CCUCCUGAAGUCACCAGGGCGGCCUCUGUUGCUCUCUUUCACUCACUGUGAGACUGUUGUUGCCGAAAACUCCAGAAAGUAUAAGUAGCUUGUUCGGAAGAUUUAUAUAUGAAUCGCCGAUUCCAUCUGGAGGUGAUCUUCGUCUCCUUUGGCACCAAAAACGUUCUACUCUGCCCGUCAAUCUGAAAGCUUUCUACCGGUGGGCGUCAGUCCAGGAGACUGGUGACAUGAUCUCACAGAUUGGGAAGUUCUUAACUGCAUUAGUUGUAUGACAAGAUACUAGGCAUUGGUUACGGAAGCAAGUGCUUAUGGUCGUCCAGAUUGGCAACGAAAUAAUCAAAGAAGAGUACAAAUUUUAUAUGCAUAUUGUCUUAAUUCCUUGAAAUUGGCUUCUUGUGGGAGAGAAUCACCAUGGUUUGGCCUAGUCUGCGAGUGGUUUCUUCUAUGCACAAGCGCAUCUCCCCAAGGUACUUCUCUAAUUCUUCAGAGUGGGACGGACUUUCAGCAGGAAAUUCAGCUCAUUUGCCGGGCAGCAUGGGGCAAGAUGGUACAAGCUCUUCAUGGAGAAAGUCUCUUUCACAUGUGUGUGUGGCUGUAGUAUCUUCAUUCCUGUUUGGUUACCAUCUAGGAGUUGUCAAUGAAACACUUGAGACCAUGUCUUUGGAUCUUGGAUUUGAUGGAGAUACACUAGCUGAAGGUCUGGUUGUGAGCAUUUGUCUGGUUGGUGCAUUCCUUGGAUGUAUGCUUAGUGGUUGGAUUGCAGAUGGGGUUGGUCGUCGCAGGGCAUUCCAGUUGAGUGCAUUACCAAUGAUAAUUGGAGCAUUUUUGAGUGCAACAACACCACGUUUGGAUGGUAUGCUUCUUGGACGAUUUCUUGUUGGUAUUGGGAUGGGACUGGGUCCAGCUGUGGCUUCUCUUUAUGUUACUGAGGUUUCUCCCUCUUCUGUCAGAGGCACAUAUGGUAGCUUUAUUCAGAUUGCAACAUGUCUUGGUAUCAUAAUGGCUCUUUUUAUUGGAAUUCCAUCAAAAGAAACUCCUGGAUGGUGGCGGCUUUGUUUCUGGGUAUCUAUCAUCCCAGCUACAAUAUUAGCCCUUGGCAUGGAACUCUGUGCCGAGAGUCCUCAGUGGCUUUACAAGAAAGGGAGAUGCAAUGAAGCUGAAGCAGAGCUUGAGAGGCUCUUAAGUGGAGCUCAUGUGAAACUUGCAAUUGCAGAAUUGUCACGCUUAGACAAGGGGGAUGAUGCUGAGAGUCUGAGGCUGUCAGAGUUGCUUUAUGGUCGUCAUUUCAAAGUUGUGAUGAUUGGAUCUAUAUUGUUCGGAUUACAGCAGCUGUCUGGGAUAAAUGCAGUCUUUUACUUUUCAUCAGCUGUUUUCAAAAGGGCUGGUGUACCCUCGAACCUUGCAAAUGUUUGUGUUGGUUUAUCCAACUUGACAGGUUCAAUUGUUGCUAUGCUGUUGAUGGAUAAACUUGGGAGAAAGAUGCUUCUUCUAGGAAGCUUCCUUGGAAUGGCUGUAGCUCAGGGUCUUCAAGCAUCUGCUGCAGCAUUUUCUCUGCCAGACUACAUGGAGCCAUGCCUCUCCGUUGGUGGAAUAUUGUUGUUUGUGUUCACAUUUGCGCUUGGAGCUGGUCCUGUCCCAGGUCUCCUCUUGCCUGAAAUUUUCUCUAGCCGCAUCCGAGCUAAAGCUGUGGCUGUUUGUAUGUGUGUGCAUUGGGUUGUGAACUUCUUUGUGGGGCUGCUAUUCCUGCGCCUUUUGGAGCAACUUGGGGCUGAGGUCUUGUACUCCAUAUUUGCUUUUUUCUGCAUCUUAGCUGCGGUGUUCGUGAAGAGGAACGUAGUGGAGACCAAGGGGAAGUCCUUGCAGGAGAUCGAAGUUUCCCUCCUGGCUGCAUCAUAGUUUCGGUCGUUUUUCCUCUACUCGCUUUUUUUUUUUGUUCCUAUACAUAUCGUGCUGCCAUGUGUCAUAAGUAGGGGCGUCGUGCGGGAGGUUGAUUGUGUAUACCAUCUAGGACGGGGCCUUUUCUGCCAAGAAAAGUUUCAAUGAGAGUCCAUGUACAUUCUCAA